UGUGGUGUUGUAUCUACAUAAAUAGGUGUGUUUGGGUGAACCAUAUAUUGCUUCAUUGGUAUAGUAAUAAUUUAGUUAAUUAUUAGUAGCUAGCCAUGGCUAAUGAAUUCAAGCAUUUGGUUUUGGUUAAGUUCAAGGAAGAUGUGGUGGUGGAGGAUAUUAUAAAAGGAUUGGAAAAACUUGUCCAAGGAAUGGAUAUUGUCAAGUCAUUUGUUUGGGGAAAAGAUGUUGAAAGCAGUGAGAUGCUUACACAAGGUUACACUCAUGCUAUUAUAAUGACAUUCAAUAGCAAAGAAGAAUAUAAAACUUUUGCUAAUCAGCCACAUCAUGUUGAAUUUGGAGCCACUUUUGCCUCUGUGAUUGACAAGGCUGUGUUGCUGGAUUUCCCUGCUAUUUCAGUCAAAGCUCCUACUUGAUAUGAUCAAUGACACAAAAAAAGAAGAAAUAAACUAGUAUUAUGUGUGUGUCUAUGUUUCAAUAAUAUGGUUUGAUUUCAAUUAUAUUUAUUUCCAAAAUUUGUGGAUGGUUUAAGACAUGUAAUGUAUCACUACUAUCUUGAAAUAAAGGCUUUAUAUAAGA